AUGUCUGAGGAUUCACGAAUCUUGAACGCGGCUGUACCGACUCUCCUCCACCCUGACUUACACAAGAGAAAUAUCUUCGUCUCGAAAGAUGACCCCACCGUGGUUACUGGAAUCAUCGACUGGCAAUCGGCUAGCGUCGAGCCAGCAUUCUGGUACGCAGACCACAUCCCGGACUUUGCGAUGAGCACCUCGGAUCCCUCCGGCCAAAGCGACUCUAAUAGUGAGCUAUGUGCAAAAGUAUUUGACGCUUGCGUCCAAUUUCUCGUCCCCAAGUGGGCAGGUCCCCGCUUACUAGAUGAGUCCCUAUUCCGGCCAUUUAGAUAUUGUUAUCGAACCUGGAAGGAUGGUGCUGUGGCUUUUCUUCACGAACUCAUUGAGACGUCUCAGCACUGGGCAAGCCUUGGUCUUCCAGGCUCAUGCCCAUUUACAAAACCUACUCCUGAAGAAUUUAUGAUUCAUCAACAAUACAAAAGAUUUGUGGCCGCGCAGGAAUUGAAACGCGAUCUGUCAAGCUUGCUCGACAUUGCCUCCGAUGGAUGGGUCCCGUCUGGAGCCUGGGAAACAACAUUAUUGGCACAGAAGGAGAUGUUUGCAAACAUGCUAGAAGCUGUAUUGACUAACGCAGAUCCUGAUGACGAUGAACCCAUAAGAGAUGAAAGUGAUCUAAGGGAAAUAUGGCCCUUUGAUCCUCGAGUAUAUUUAGGAACCCGCAGUAGACACGCGUUUGGAUGA